GAAAAGCAUGGGAGGCACAAUACCGCCUGCUCCACCCAACACCUCCAGAGAGGAGACAAGUAAGGGCAAAGCAGAGGAACAGCCAGAGGAGCCAGUUAAAUCACCUGAACCAGAAAGUGAAGAGAGCGACUUAGAAAUUGACAAUGAGGGAGUGAUUGAACCAGACAGUGAUGACCCUCAAGAAAUGGGAGAUGAAAAUGUGGAGGUAACUGAAGAGAUGAUGGAUCAAGCUAAUGAGAAGAAGAUUGAAGCGAUAAAUGCUCUAAGUGAAGGUGAACUUCAGAAGGCUGUCGACUUGUUCACAGAUGCUAUCAAGCUGAAUCCUUGUUUGGCCAUCUUGUACGCCAAGAGGGCAAGUGUUUUUGUGAAACUACAGAAGCCAAAUGCUGCCAUUAGAGAUUGUGACAGAGCCAUCAAGAUUAAUCCUGACUCGGCACAGACCUACAAAUGGAGGGGAAAAGCACAUAGACUUCUGGGUCACUGGGAGGAGGCUGCUCAUGAUCUUGCAUUAGCUUGUAAACUGGAUUAUGAUGAAGAUGCUAGUGCCAUGCUGAAGGAGGUGCAACCAAGAGCUCAGAAAAUUGCAGAACAUCGCCGAAAAUAUGAGCGGAAGCGUGAAGAAAAGGAAAUCAAAGAAAGAAUGGAGAGAGUGAAGAAGGCACGGGAGGAGCAUGAGAGAGCACAAAGGGAGGAAGAAGCAAGACGACAGGCAGGAGGAGCUCAGUUUGGUGGUUUCCCAGGCGGCUUCCCAGGUGGAUUUCCUGGGGCUAUGCCUGGAGGUAUGCCAGGAAUGGCAGGUAUGCCAGGUCUCAAUGAGAUUCUCAGUGAUCCAGAAGUCCUUGCGGCCAUGCAGGAUCCAGAAGUUAUGGCUGCAUUCCAAGAUGUUGCCCAGAACCCAGCAAAUAUGUCCAAGUACCAGAACAAUCCGAAGGUCAUGAAUCUCAUCAGUAAAUUGUCUGCCAAAUUUGGCAGUAAACCAUAAUAUCCCUGGUUCUUAAAAAUCAUAUCUGAAUGGGAAGGAUUGGAUUUGGCUAACCAGUGUUGCAAUAAAACAAACCAUUGUACCUCUGAUCUUCUUAAGAGGAGAAACGGGGUGUUCUAAGGAGAACUGCUUUCUAGCCCCAAGCGUUGACUUUAUUUGAUGAUUGGUUUAUAGCACUCAAAUUAUAUUCAGAUGACCUAGUUUAAACCAUCCCUCCUUGUCCAAGAGUUGCAACCUUUUAUUGUAAGUACUACAGACAGUUUCCUUUGAAUGACCUGCUGUUGUGUUAUUUUGGAUUUUUUUUUUUUUUAAUUACUCUCAGUGAGCAAAGAGGAAGGAACUUUAACAGUUGAAGUCUGUCUUAAUCCCCUUAGGACAGAAAAGUUGGCCUAGUCCCAAAUAGAAAAGGUGGGACAAGUCUGAAGAAUUAACUGGAUAAAGGAAUUAUCUGCAAAUACAAGUCCUUAUGUUUUUUUUUAAAUGGGUGACUGACUUUAUAUAGCUAUUAAAAUUAUCAGUAUAACCAUGCUAGCUAGUUACACACUGGAACUUCUGGCAGUACUGCAAAUAAUGUAAUAUUUUGAUCACCACAACUGUGCAGCAAAGGUACAGUCCUAUCCUUUGCACAACCUGGCAUGAAGUACAUAUUGCAGAGGCCACAGAGGUUUUGUUACUUGCUCAAUUCUUGUCCAGCACCUUUAUGUAACAUUUUAUUUAUCAGUCUGGGUAUGGGAGAGCAGCUUACUGUCUGUGCUUGUGCUCUUGUCCUUUCCCAGUUGGCAGGUCCUCAGCUGGUUGCACUCGCCCUUCCUUGGGGCCAUGCUUACCAGGUUUCAUCUAUUUGGAAACUUUAGGGAAGGAAUCUUGUUCCCAUCGCUACCUCUGUCCCAAUGAAUGCAAGCCAUCCAGAACAUGUAAAUGCAGAGUUACAAAUCAGUGAAGGGGAGAAUACCCAACAAAAUUGCAGCUCUGGGUUCUGAGUCGGUUUGAGUCCUUACAUGCUUACUGAUUAAAAUUUCUUGGCCAAAGUCCUGCUGUCUCUUUAGAGGUGAUGACUAUUCCUUCACCGCAUACUGUAGUCUUCCAUCUUUUCUUGUAUCCUUUUCUUUAAAAAAAAAAACCAACAAAAAAAAACCACCAAAAACAAAACAAAAAGCUGUUGUCGUGGUUUCAUACUUCCAUGUUUUUGAGGCUUGUGAUACAGAGGAAAAGGUGAAGUAAUUGGAGCAGACAGAACAUUCUUCUAACACUUGUGGAUUAACAGCAUGGGUAUCCUUGAAGCAGUGUCUGUGCUGAUGACGUUCAGUUGAUUUGUCUACCAAUAAAGCCAGUUGUUGCUUCUGUUUGUCUUAGCUAAAACAUUAUCUUUCUGUGGAAAAGCAACCAUAGUUACCUGUUCACCACUUGAGUCUCAACAUUUGUGUUACUCUUUUGUAAUUCUGUAUCUUAAGCCAUAACUGAUGUUACCAUUUUUAAAUAAAUCUGGAUUGGUGUAGGUACUCAACAACAGUUGCAAAAAAUAAAUCCCCAAAUGCUUUUUCUCAAACUAAUGACCCUGCAGAAUGAAAUGUGAAUCUUUUUGCUUAAGAAAUAUAGUUCUGAAUACUUCUCUUAGCCUUUAAAAAUAAAGUAUGGUUUUGAAAAAUAAAGCUUUUGGGGUUUGUGUAACUUUCUGAUAAAACCUAUUUUGUUUAAAUUAAAUGUGGAAGUGGUUCAAUUAACCUGUAUAUAUAACUUGUGAUUUAAAUUGGAACUAAAUGCUUAAGGGCUUGUCUUCAUGACCAAAUGAACUCAAGUUAUGAUUGAGUGUUGCUGUGUACCCGGCUUUUGGUCAUACUCUUGAUCUCCUGUUCCCAAGAGGAGAUACUUGAAGUAGGUCACCCCUCAGUAUAGGCUGAAACUCGACUUCUUCAUUCAGGCUGGUGCAUAUGUGCUGUGCAUGAAUUAGAACAUCUUGAAUUUAUUCCCUACAGUUUUCUGCUACUCCAUCUUAGCUGUUUGUGUCUGUCUACCCAUGACUAGUCAAAAGUAGUAAGUUACUGUUAGCUAGUAGAAAUGGUCAUAUCUGUGUCCUGCCUGCUUGCUUACACAUCAGUUGCCCUUAUUCAGAGCUGGUUGACUUGAGAAAAACAUUCUCCCUAAUUUUGGUGUUAGCAUUAGCAAUCUAGCUGAAUUCUCGUGAUCCUUUGGGAAUGCACAACCCAUGACUCCCUUGGUGUGUGGGGUUUUUUGUUUUUAAUGUUAUCUUGUAAGUUAAUUGAGGAGAUGGUCUGGAUCUCAUCUCAGUUCCCAAAGUUUGCAUGUGGACAUCUAAGCAGCUAAACUGGUUUGAACAGAAGUGCAAGUGCAGAAAGUUAACUGCCCAGGAGAUGAGCAAAGAUGGUAAGUUCCAAAUGUGGGAUAUAAGUAGCUACAUGAGGAAGUUAUUAUUUUGUUCAGUGCUUGUUCCAGUAUUUACUGGCAGCUCCUUCAGGUUAUUUGCUUCCAUUGCAGCACAGAGCAGGGGUGGUUCUUGUAAGUACAGUGGCAGUAAUCAGCUGACAAUUUGACUCUAAAAACACUUGAGCUGCCAGCGUGUAUGAAUGGUUCAGCUAGCACAGUGUGGCGUCGGAGGUGCUGGCCCAGGUUCAGGUGUGUAUUUCUGCUAUUUGAAGCAAGUCAUGUACUGCGCUGUUUGGCCAAUCCGGUGCCACAGAUUAGAUGACCUGGUCUGCCAGAGAAUAUGAUGAUACACGUGCAGCUGAGUAGGUCAUAGUCCUAUUACAUUGUGUGUGUGAGUCUGAGUGACUUGCCCGUCCUCUCUGUGGUUCAACUGCUGCCCCAAGGGAAAAUAGGAAUGUCGGGUCAGAUGCCACCUCCAGACUGUACUACUUCACAGUGAGCCCCAUUGCAUAGUAAUGUGGAGAAUGCAAGGCUUGGUGCCCGUCUCAUGAUUUACCAGAAAUUUUUUUUAAAUUUCUCUCGCUUCAGUGUUGGCCUGUGAAUAAAAGCCAUUUGUCAAAGCGGCUUGGUUUGUCUUUGUUGGAAGGCAAUGAUCAGAUGGACAGGAGCCAGACUGUCUCAAAGUUGGAUGAAGGCAGGUGGGACAAGACUGGGUAGAGCAGUGAUAGGCCGGAGGCAGAACGGGUCAAAAAAUCAGUAUUAAAAAGCCACGUAAAGGUAAAACUAUGUCGUAGAAACAGAUUGUUGCAAGUGGCCAGCAGUAGUAUCUGUAGUUUAAAAUAUCUGUCUUUAAGUGCCGCCUUGUUUUUGUUGUUUGUUACCUUCAGGGCCUUUGCAUAAAGCUCAUAAAAGCCACACUCUACUAUAUGCCUGUAAUUGCUCUUCUGUGAGAUGUAAGAGCGAACAAUAUUGUUAUGGGAGCCUGUAGCAACUGCUGUCUGAGCAGAAUCCUUCACCCAAAGGGAUGGGAGGAUGUGGACCUAGCCAGGGUGAGUUGGAGCCAGGUCAGCUUUGGCAUAUACCUUCCUGUGGAUCGUGGCAUACUCCUGACUGGGUGUUUGGACCCCCUUUGAAAUCCCACAGGGCAUGCAAGCUGAGGGAUGCUGCAGUGCUUUCAGGGUUGUAGGGCAAGCGGGUUGUUGGAAUAGUGGUAGAGGCUAGAGGGUUGUUUCCUUUCAUUGGCUGCAGGGUAGUCUGAUAGUGGCUGGUAUCGGUACAGAAGCGGAUGGGCGUCCUUGAGCAGGAGGGUGAUUCACUAGGAAAACGGUAGCAGUAUUUUCUUCUGAUGUCUAGAGAAAGGUGUCUCAUGAACCUUAAUCAGAGCUUUGCAGAGGUGGGCCUCAACCUUACUUCAUACAUGAUGGAGUGAGGACAGCAUUGUGGAAAAGUAAUUCUGGAUUACCAAAGAGCUGAAAUGGAGUAAAAAUGGUCACUUCCAACUGGAUGCAGAGACCACUGCAUUGAGUGCUACAGGACAAGUCAUAGGAGGUCAGUAGUAUGAUAUAAGCAAAUGCAAAUACAGGGGAAGCAGGAACAGUUUUACUGUGACAAAGAAAUAAAGCAGGUCAGGUGGUGGCUGGUGGAUCUGUGCUAUGGAGCAACAAAAAGAUUCAGGUGACUUUGGGCUACAAAUAGUUGAUCACAUUGUGAAUCAGCUUACGUAAGUCACAUUCUCCUGGUGUGGUCCUCACAAACAGGAACUUCAUGUGAGACAAACCUUCCUUCACCCCCACUGACUGGAGGUCCUACUGAAUGUAAAUACCUAGGACUUUCCUGUAAAUCUGAAUCUUGAUGACUAACCAAAUCAAGAUGUUAACUUGUAAUCUUGCUAAUGAAGUGUUAUUACUGUACCUGUCUUUGAUGUACAAAUACGCUUUUGAAAUGUAUAUUCUAGAUGGAUGGUCUCAGACAAGCUUGAGAUCUGUCAAUAAAUAGAUGUAUUUGC